AAAAAAGAGCCCAAAUCACGGAAGAGCCUCUGCAGUCUUACUAGUUUGGCAAGUCAGCAGGACUCAAAGCAGCGCAGAAUUAAAAAAGGCGGAGAAGAGGAGCGAAAGGCACUUUUGCGCACAUUUCACACACUUCUCUUAUCCCGCGGACGAUCAACGACAGGGGAAUCAUGGAGGGCGCCAUCCAGGCAGUGGUGAAAACCUUCCUGAAAUCAGCUAAAGGAAAAGAUACUCUAGGAAAGAAAGAGUUCCAAAGCCUCGUCUCAUCCCAGCUCGGCAACAUCCUUACGGACACAGAGAGCAAGGAAGCAAUCGACAAUAUGGGCAAGCAGCUAGACUCCGACAAUGACGGCAAGGUUGGGUUUGAGGAGUACAUGAAGCUAAUAGGCUACCUGGCCUGCUCACUCAGCGAGCAGCGUGGGCGCAAUAAAGAGGAAGCUGUAAAAAAUGCUACUUCUGAACAAGUGGCACAAAGCUCCCCGGAUAAAGCAGCAGAACAGCCCAAAGAGAAUGCAGAGCCUAAAGAGGAUGGAAAGCAAAAAGAAAACGAAGAAACAAAAGCAGACGUAGCAGCUGAGGCAAAGGUGGAGGCGAAAGUGGAUGCGAACAUGGAUGGGAAGGUAGAAGCAAAGGCGGAGGGGGAAACAAAGCCUGAGGCAGCUGCAGUGGAAGCAGCAGCCUCAGUAGAGGCAGAGGUAAAGGCUACAGAGCCAGAGAAAGCCGAGGAAACGCCAAACGUGGAUUCAACAGAGAAGUCGCCUGAUGCUACUGAGGAGGAAGGAGCAGAGAAGACAAAAGAGGCAUCUUCAUAGGGGACAAUCCACUCCUUCCCAAAAGUCACACUCCGAAAAUAAAUUCAUCAGAGAACGUAACAUUAAUUCCAAAAUAAUUUGGAAAGCCACUAUUUUUUAUAUGCAUUUAAAUACAAUUAUAUAUUAAACACUACAGAACACUAUUCCAUAUACAUGAUUAUGUACAUUACGGUAGCUACUUUUAGUAAUACUUUUACCACUAUGUUUAUAUGUAAGAUGUGCAUCCCACUAUAUAGCACAUUUACCUCAUUAUGAUGGUAUACAAAGACAGCAUGCUGUUGUACACUAAAUCGUGCAUGCAGUAUCCAUGUGAAAGCUUCCCUGGAAAGUAUGAUUUUCCUGCACACUUGACUGAAGCAGCUUAACACACUAUUGCAAACUAGAGGCCUUCCAUCCGUGCUUUCUCUUUCUGGGUGUUUUUCACUUUCUCUCACUUCUACACUAACAACAAAGUCAAAACAAGUCCUUUGAAAACUUUGGCAAUAACCCGUUGCCAGAUAAAUAUGUCUUAAAAGAAAUAAUUUAGACGUUUUAGCAACUUGCUAGUCAAAACAUAGAUACAGGGAGCUCACUAAAUGUUUGGAUUUGUCAAUCCCGGAAUAAGAAAUGAUUUUUAAAGUUAAGAAGCACCCUAGAAUAUUAGAGAUUACAUUUUGUUCCCUGUUUCUAUUUUACUCAAUUUACAAUUUUAUUUUUAGGUUAAUGAUAGCAAUAGCUGCUUUUCCGAAUUUUACUAAGCUGACAUUUACCAUGAUAAUAUAUUUAGUCAUUAUCCAGCUUUGAAACAUUCCUGUAUUUUAUGCACUUGGUUGUGUUUUGUAAAUUGAAUCUGCUUGGCAAUAAAUACAAAUAUAUACAGACAUUUAUUUGCUAGCCUGUACAUUUAGAGGAAGGUGGUAAGAUAUGAAUUAGCUGCUUCCCUUUCUUUGUUAGUUUGGUACAUUGUCAUGUUAUAUUUGCAUUUGAAAGCUAAAAUCUUAAGAGGUUUUAAAAUAUUAACUGGAACAUUCCCUAAAGUUAAAGAUUUUCCCCAAACAACUUGGAAAACGUAUUUCAAAUCCAAUAUGGCUUCCACUCAAAUAAGACAUAAUAAAUCAAAUGUAAUUAACUGUUCCUAUUGACUUCUGAUCAUUUUAAUUCUUGCUUUGCUGUUAGUUGUAAAUUAGAUUAAAUUAAAUUGACCCUUCAAAUGUUUAUCUUCACUAACUUUGUCCUUGAUUAUUUAAAACAUAUUAAAUUUCCCUAAUAGUAUAGUGUAAACUUUAGAGGCAAGCUAGAUUUUAAAUUUGUUAGCCAAUAAGGUCAAAAGGCAUUUUUACUUGAAAGUUGGAAAUUUAGUGUUUAAAGUAAAAAAAAAAAAAAGUAGAAAUCUUCUGAUGUUAAUACAUAAUAAUGAAUUUCUGAAUCCAAUAUGGCUGCCACCUAAAUAAAUAAAAUGAUAGUCACUGCAAUGAUUAACAUAGUUUCAGUUCUGUUGGUUUGAAGCCCAUUAAAUUGGCUUUGUAAGAUUCCACUAUUUUCUUUUGUUUGCUUGUUUUUGUUUUUUGUUUUUUUUAUCAAGUUGAUGGGGAAACCAUUCCUCAAUAUUAAUUCUAAAUAAAACAUAUUCAGGUUAGCUUCUUUUUUUCUUGAAAAUUGUUAUUUUUUUAUUAAACUUUAAUCUUUAAUCUGUCCAAAUGUUCCUUUAUUGUAUGCACUUAAAUCAUGGUUUUUGUAUGUCUUGAAAUUGGUGCUGUGGCUUAUUUCACAAAACAAUAAACAAACUAAUUUCAUAAGUUCUACAUACUUCCGCUGAUCUUAAUUGUUUUCUCAUGGCCCUUUUUAUUUCUUUCUCCUGUGAACUGAUCUAUCUCAUUUUUCCCCCUUUGUCUGCAGAGUGUGUUCUCUGAACUGUUAGACGUGAACUGGGGACUGGAACGUUGGGUGUGACCUUUGACUAAAUUAUUAAGGCACUGUCAGGGAAUCUACACCUAAAGGACCAAUUAGGUCAAAAAGGGAGCCCAGAAUAGUCCUGUGGGAGUGGGCUGGGGACUAGCAGGCCAUAUCAGCAAAGGUGCUCAAGCAACUUUAUCCCCAGAUUGGGUUUGGAAAAGGAAACCCUGUAACAAACCACAGAUGACUCUAAAAACCCAUCUUACUGGAAAUGUUAUUUUAAUUAACGAGCUAUAAAUGCAUUGGCGGUUCAAGAGUGACCUACUUAUUGAAAAUGCUAAAACCUCCUGACCUUCAUCUGAACUGGUUGAUAGUUGGAGUACCAGCUGCUUGUUCUUCCAUUAUGUUUUGCUGGUCACACCCUUGUGCAUUUUAGACACCCUGUUUGUCCUGCAACUGGAUCCUCGAGCAUUAGGCAUUAGGAAAUUACUGGAUUAGGCAUUUCAUGACUAACACACCCAGGGAUGCAAACAAUUGCAUGAAAGUAAUCCUGGAUAUGGAAUUCCUCUCCAUGCCUGUUGGCGGUUGUGCUGUUUUAAUUAUAGGAACAACACAGAGUGUAUCUUAAUGGAUUUAACCAAAUAUCAUUUUUGUGAUUAUUUUAACCACUAUUAAUUUUUCCCUCUUUAUUACAAUGAACUUUAAAAUCUACAGCUAACCUAUUGAUGGAGCACUUUAGGGAUUAUUAUAGUAAAAUAGCGGCACCUUGUUCCUCAUCAGAACUGACAGCACUUCACACUGCUGCCUUACAAAAAUGGAAGAGAUAAAUACUGUAAAGGCAGAUCAUGUGAUCACCCUGCUUCACUCAGACACUCCCAUUGUAAAUACUCUCAUUUACACCUUCUCCAUGCAGCCCACGGUGCACCAUGCUUCCUGCAUUAGCUGCCUCUUAAUGGGCGUUUUAGAUGGUCUUAUUACUAGCUCUCUUUUUUAAAUCUGAUUUUUUUUAAUGCAUUUUUAUUUUUGUUGAGACUAAUGGUGUCAUCAGUUUCCUAAACCACCUACGGCUCAUAUGGUCAUGUUAAGGUACAGAACAGUAGUUUGCUGAUUUGCACUAUAAAAACCAGCUUAAUAUGAACAUACUUUGAUUGAACAUCCCCUGGAAGAUGAUCUUUAGCCAAUAUUUUUCAUUUAAAAUGUGCCUUUUAUGUUUAUAAAGCUUGUCACAGCAAAAAUCCACCCAACUCUAAAUGAUCUACUAAAACUGGAACACAAUAGAUACGCAGCAGGGAGUGUUCACAUUGCCACACAGUAAAUCACCUUCAUUCUCAGAAACAGUAGAUAAAGAUCAAAGUUAUUAAGCAGCGAACUGGAACAGCAUAAAGUAUUUGAAUAUAUAAAUGUGACUUUAUGGCCGCUGGGCUCAAAAUGUUUGUGAUAGUGGGAUGUUUCACAGGAUGCCAUGCAGGUACUUAUCUGUUUAUUUUCUAGAAAUAUGUCUUCACUGUUUAUUAUAAAUAUAAAUACAUAAUGCUGUAUCAUUUUUGCUUAUAAUCUAUGUACUGGCUAAUAUAGAAUUAAACUGUGACAGUAACAUUU